ACAAAUUUACAUCUCGACCAAAACUAUCAUCUCUCUUCAGAAAAAUCGUAGAUCUGACUUAAUCCUCCGAUCCGGCGAUGGCGAGAUUUUCAGUUUGCGGAGGAGACGACGGAGAAGGACCAAGCAACAACAAUCAUCAAUCCCGGAAAAGACAACGGCUUCCUUCAAUCGACGAAGAUGAAGAAAACGUGGAGAGCUCGGACCCCGGAAGUUCCGGUGAAGAAGAAGACGAAGAAGAAACACAGAAUCGAGGAAGGCGAACGGAAUCUGAUGAUCGAGGAGGAUCCACGAGCGAUGAAAGCGAUCGCGAAGCUGUGAUUGAGGAGAGACGAUUUGGUAAAUUCGUAAAUAGUCAGAGUUCGCCUCUUUCUGUAACGUUGUUGGAUCCAGAUGUUCUUGAUUGCCCUAUUUGCUGUGAACCAUUGAAGAUUCCCAUCUUUCAGUGUGAUAAUGGUCAUUUGGCUUGUUCUCUGUGCUGCACCAAAGUGAGGAACAGAUGUCCGUCAUGCACAUUACCCAUUGGUUACGUUCGAUGCAGAGCCAUGGAGAAAGUUAUAGAAGCAUCGAGAGUCUCAUGUCCGAAUGCCAAAUACGGGUGUAAAGAGAAUACUUCCUACGGAAACCGAUAUAGCCACGAGAAGCUCUGUGUUUACGCCCCUUGUUCCUGCCCCAUACGUAACUGUAACUACACUGGCUAUUACAAGUAUCUCAACAACCACGCCCGUGCUGAACACAAAGACGAUAUGAUCCCGUUCAAGUGGAACACUCGUUUAACCAUUAGCUUGGACCUCAAUGAGAAGACCACAAUUCUACAGGAAGAAAACAAUGGGCAUAUGAUUGUAGUUCAAGUUUUCAAGGCUUUGUACGCUGUGUAUGUCAGUGUUAGCUGUAUCGCACCUUCGGUACCCGGAGUGGGUAAGUUCUCAUGCAGUCUGGCGAAGAUAACUGUUAAUAACUUACUGAAGCAAGGAUUCAUGUUGAAGAACAUUCAGAAAGUGAAGAAUGAACAUCCCGAAGAUGGUUUUAUGUUGAUUCCUUCCUAUUUGUUGUCUGGUAAUGAGAACUUGAAUUUGCAGAUGUUGCUCGGCCAUGGCCAUGCCAAUGCCAUUGUUCAUUCCUAAUUGUGUAAACUUGUCAUGCACAUUUUUAGGUGUAUAUAAAUGUGUAUUAUUUGAAGAUACAUGACUUGAUUUUGAGAGUAUAGCCAUCAAACCGGAAGAACCGGGUUAAG